AUGAUGGUCGGUGUUGCGCAUCGCACCCGCCAGCAGAGCAGGGCGCAGUCUGUGUCGGAGCGCGUGCGAACAAGCGCGGGACCGGGCGGAGCUGAGGAACCCUCAGAGCAGCGAAGCAGCAGUUGCUUUGAGGGCGACGAACAAAGAACCCACUGUGCAUAUGAAGAAUGGGCUUGGAUGUCUCCUUGGCUGCGUUCUGCCUUGGAGCAGAGGCCAGAACUGCGAUCGCAUCUUCGUCUAGAGCUCUAUGCUGAGGUUGUUCCUGGUCUCGUGUACCUGGUUCCGUGGUCGGUACGCGCCCGAGACCCUGAAGACCGGCCAGUAUCUGAAAGCAUCGAUCGAGGAUGCUGCGAAAGACGCACUCCGGACUGUCGGUUGUUAGCACCGCCGACGCUGUUGGGGCUCUUCGCAGAAGCGACUGCGAACGGCACGCCGCUCCGGCCGCAGGCGGACGCUGCGGACACCGCAGGUGGCGGCGCUCGCUCGAACCGAACUCGACACCUGGCUGGACUUUUGUUUUCCGUCCAGGACGACCUUGUGUACGAGGCGUUCUGUAACGACUUUGGACCAUACAAUCUCGCGCAGACCAUGCGGUUUAUUCAGCGUAUUGAAAGUAUCGUCCGAGAGCUGCAUCUCUGGCAAGGACGCACGGACGGUGUCUUGAUGCCUCGGGGUAUGUGCGACGGAGCACUGCGAGGCAACGCAGUCCAAGGCGAGGGAGUGAAACACAAUCUUGCAUACGCUCCGAAAACUGUUGUUAGCGACGGAGAUGAAGGAUCUUUCGUGGAGGACAAUGUCCCCGGCAGGGCGUCUCCUAUCGCCAUCAUGCUCUGUACAGAUGAUCUAGAGUCUUUGACGAACGCAGCAGCCCUGGUGGGCGCCUAUCGCGUUCUUCGCCUUGGAGAUCUCCCCGAACAGGCCGAUGCAAAACUCCAGCGUCUCAAAAGCUCUUUGGUUUUCUUUCGCGAUGCAUCUGCUGGUCCGGAAUCCUCGUUCCCUUUGGGCGUCUUUGACUGCAUCAGCGCUUGGCAUCGGGCGACCAAUGUGUGCCACCUCUUCGCACCAGAUGCGUUCGAUAUCGAAUCAUAUGAGCUUUGGGAGCAAGUACACAACGGCGACCUGAACUGGAUUGUUCCGGGUAAGCUGCUGGCGUUCGCGGGUCCGACGAGCUGCCCGGAAGCAACAGACAUCGGCGUGGGCUGUGCUCCCGAGUACUUUAUUCGCCUCUUUCAGCAGUUUGGCGUCACUGCUGUGGUACGUCUGAACCGGCGACGCUAUGACGCGCGUGUUUUUCGCCAAGCGGGAUUUCGUCACUACGAUCUGUACUUUGCGGACGGUGCAUGUCCGGACUGGAAUAUCGUCCAGCGUUUUCUGGCGAUUUGCGCGGAUGAACCGGGUGCCGUUGCGGUUCACUGCAAGGCCGGCCUUGGACGCACUGGAACGCUUAUGUGCUGUGCUUUGAUGCACAUGUACGGCUUUACGGCAACGGAGGCCAUUGCCUGGUGUCGGCUGUGCCGCCCCGGAUCUGUGAUCGGAGCCCAACAGCAUUACCUGGUCCAGAUAGAACCCAAAUUGCGAGACCUGAGGUGCGAAACUCCCUCAUCAGGUCAUUCACCUGCGAGCGCAUCCAUGUUGGAUGAGCUCUCGACGCAUGCGCAAACGGCAGGCCCGCACUGGUCAUUGCGUUCACAGAAAGGUGCAGCAGCAGCAGCAGCAGCAGCGCUGAAAACGCCUGAGCGGACAGUCAAGUCGAGCACGCCGUUAUCCCAGCCGCUCGCAGGCGGGUCUCGGAAUUCUGGUGCACCAACGGCAGCGUGCCCGAGUUCGGAUGUGGAGUCGUCACCGGCUGCAGGGCUGGCGACGCCGGUGAUGUCACCGCCGGAAACGCCACAGAAACGCACACGCCGCAGCGCGCUGCCCGAUGCUACGGACUUGUCAGAGAUUCGAAAAGUCCUCGACGAUGUCCGAUCGGUGACGGCGUCAGCGUCGCGUCCACGAACACUUUCUGGAACGCAAGCGCUCGGAUCGUCAUCUGCGGAUGCAGCGAGCCACUCUGGACCUGGUGUGCGCACACGCUCCUCGAGUACGUCAGCUGUUGGUUCGCUGAGCGGUACCAACACCAGGCAUGAGCCUGUCGAGGAUAUAGAAAAAGUGGCUCGGACGGCUGCGACUCGUCGUCUCGCUGGGCUUGUUGGUGCGCUGAAUCGUUCCCCGACUUGGACUGAGUGGGAAGCACAGGCUGUACCUGCCUCAUUCUGUGAACGUCCUGCAACAGGGCUUCGUGAUGGUAUAUCUCGGCAUCUGUUUGGACCCGAGAGCGGCACCAUGGUGCGCAGCGUGUGCCACCAAGCACGUCGCUUUCGUCGUCGCAGUACGCAAGUUAUGGCUGAGGUGCCGUCGUCAGCGGAACCAGGGCCAGGACCGGUACCCGCUGCCCGCGUAUCAUGUCCUUGUCCCGUGGAUGUGCCACAGGUCCUCUGA